AUGAAGCUAUUGGCCACUUGCGUUGCUCUAUUCCUUGGUUUCCAGGCUGUUGCUGCCAAGCCUCCUGCAAGUCACCACCAUUCAGGAGGCUUCUCGUAUCAGUACGAGACCUGUCAAGCUAUUAAAUCCGUUCACCAAAAUCCGCUCGAGGGAUGUCCUGGAGGCACUGUGUAUGUAUCUGGUACUGAUAAGAAGGCCAAGUUUCGAUCAGUCCAGGCUGCCAUUGAUUCUGUUGCCCACAAGAAGGAAGCCACCAUUCUCAUUGGAAGUGGUGUAUACCACGAAGUGAUCAACGUCACAAGCCAUGGAUCUUUAACGUUGCUAGGACAAACUUCGCAGCCAGGUAAUUGGUCCGCCAACUUGGUCACUAUCUGGAACUCAUCUGCUAUUCCAAUGCUCCCUGUUGGAGCCGAUGACGCCGACACCGUAACAUUUACUGUUGCACCAAACCGUGCCGCUGCAUUGAUCGGCGCCGGAUUCUACGGAGCUCCGAUUGUGAAUGACACUUGGGGAUCUCCAGACUUCAAGGCCUACAACCUGAACAUUGAGAACAGAUAUGCCAAUUACUCUGCUGGUCAGGCCCUUGCUCUUGGCGUUAGUUAUGCCAAUGCCAGUUUCUACGGUUGUGCUUUCCGUUCUUAUCAGGAUACCAUCUAUGCUGGACGAUUUGCUUCAGUAUAUUUUGAAGGAUGCGAGGUUGCUGGACAAACCGACUUCCUGUUUGGUUUUGGUACUCUAUACAUUGAGAACUCUACCAUCGCUUCCCGUGGAGCGGGUGGCGGUAUUACUGCCUGGAAGGGUACCCCUGAUGGAUAUGCUGGUGUUUACAACAACACUUAUGGCCUGUAUGUGCACAACAGUCAACUUGUCAAGUCGCCUGAUGCAAACGCUACUCUAAAUAUUGUUGGCAAGUGUGCUUUGGGCCGACCUUGGAACAAUAUGAGCCGAACUGUUUUUGAGGGCUGUUACAUGGGAGACCAUAUCCAGCCAAACGGCUUCAUCCCUUGGCUUCCUACAACCUUAAAUAUGUCGACUGUGUAUUACGCUGAAUUUGGAAGCUAUGGCCCAGGCUACAACGCCAGUUUGCGUGAGUCGUCCGAGCAUCUUGGAACCACCGCUGAAGGCGAAUCGCUAUGGAACCUUUCCACUGUUUUCAAAGGCAUUCCAAAGUGGAUUGACCGCACCUGGAGAUCAGCUGUGUAA